UGGAAGGUACUACACGUGAAGCACAAACGACGCUCAGAGAGCUCAACGAAAUGAAGAGAAGACGAAAUGUAAAAGAACGGACGUGAAGUCGAUUCAAUUCCUGAAAUAUAGAAACGAACACUGGAGCACUGAAUCAAUGUUUAACUUCUAUUGCCGCCUACUGUUUUAUUUUUCCAUGACAAGGCAUGAUGUGAAAUACAACCACAAUGAUUUGUUCAGAAACAUGUUCUUACUUUCUUACAGAAACAUCGACAUCGGUCUUUACUUUCUUCCACGAAAAGAAGUUGCCAUGCCAAAAUUUGAUAUCACUGGAGCUCAAAUGAUCCUUGACGUUGCGAAAAUCGCACAGAAUUUACUCAAUUUCGCUGCAAAUUUCCUUGAAAAAUUGCACAGUUUGUUAACCUGGAAGGACCGCCGAGUCACGUUCGUAUUCUACUGCUUGACCAUUUACUGGCUUACUCUUUCGCUUAUAUUCAGCACUGGAACGUGUCUGGGAAUGUGCGGAAUCACUCUUGGAGUUCGCAUUUUCAUCACCACCUACUUGUUCCAUCGAUUUCCUCGUCUAAGGAAACGACUAGAUACUUAUGGAUGGUUCUAUCGUAAUCUACCGGUGAAGGCCACAGCUGCCAUCUUGCCAGUUAUGAAGAUCUCCACUGAAGCACUACAUCCAGUAUCUUCUAAAACAGUAAAUUUGACUGGAGUGUUCACGUCCCGACUCGGUUCGAAUUUCAAUUUAGUCAACACUGGCUCGCAGCAAACUCUGAACUCAUGUCUCAGUGUCCCGAAUUUUAAUCCAAAGCACUCAUCGCCAGACCUCACCAGUUAUACCAAUUAUAAGGUAAGGAUAUCAAAACACUCCAGUACAAAUCCCAAUGUACAGUUUUCAGAUCGCAGUUGCGUAAUGAACGACAAAGAAAAACCUUUCCCUAAAGGAAUUUCGUCUGGAAUUCUCUACCUCACUAACAAUGCUUUGAUUUACCGCCCAAAGUCGACUUCUGAUCAUGGAUCAAUAACCAUGCUUUUCGCCGAUAUUGUUUCUUUGAAAAAGAUUCAGUCUUUUCGAACAAUAGGGCUUAUUGCUGGGACGCGGAAAUCUCUUGAGAUUCAUAUACGAGAACGAAAAAAGCCACUGCAGUUCAUCGGAAUAGCUCAACGGGACGACUUCUGCUCCCGUAUCGUUUCUGUGUGCAGAGAUGAUACCGCUAUCCAAUUCUUGUGA